GUCGUUGCUCCACCGACUAUCGGGAUCAGAGCAUUUCACCCCCGGGUGCCCGUGACUGUUCGCGUCUCCUCUCCACACCCCCACCGUCAGUUGAUCAAUAAGGGAAAGCUCCCGGGGAACUGAGCUGGCCGAGCAGCAUCCGCAGGCUUUCUGUCGGUUUGGAUAAACGGUUGAGCAGCAAUGGCAUCAAGGGCAGAGGAAGUAAUGAAUGACGAGCGCUUCAGCCGGGUCAUGAAGGACCCCAGAUUCUGGGAGAUGCCUGAGAAAGAGCGCAAAGUCAAGAUUGAUAAGAGAUUUCAAGGAAUGUUUCAUGAGAAGAAAUUUAAACUGAAUUACACUGUGGAUAAGAGGGGAAGACCAAUCCAUCACAGCACAACAGAGGAUCUGAAGCGUUUUUAUGAUUUGGACUCAGAUGAUUCUGAUUUGGUUGAAGAUGAAUGCACAGAGAACAAAAGGAAAGAGGUGGGGAAAAAGAUGAAAAAAAGGAAAAGUGGUUUCAAUAAAAAUCUGGAAGGUAGCAUAAUGGUCAACAAAGAGGAAAAAACAAAGUUACUCAAAGGGACAAAAUUAAAAAAAGUUAAAAAGCCGGGAACUGAGAUGCCCAAUGAUAAUGUCAAGAUAGAUUUUAAUAAGGAAAAGCUGAAAACAAUAGCAAGUGAAGAGACAGAAUUGAAAGAUGAUCUUUCUGAAAGUAGUGAAGAAAUGGAGCAACCCAAAAAUGAAUCAAUUUCCAGCUUUAAACUGCUAAAGAAAAAAAUCACUAGAAAUCAAAAAGGAAUAAAACCGGAGAAGAGUUCAAUGAAAAAAUGUGUUUCAGAGGAUGACACUGAAUUAGAAAGUGACACCUAUGAAGAUGACAUUGAUGAUGAAGGUCAGUGGAGUGGAAGUGAAUCUUCAAGGUCAGGUGGCCUGAGUUCAGAGAAGGAAAGUGAAAUCACAGCAGGCAGUGAAGAUGAAGAGGAAUUGUCAGAAGAGGAUACUGAUAGUGACAGUGGUCCUGACUUGGCCAGAGGAAAAGGAAAUAUUGAAACAAGCUCUGAGGAAGAUGACUAUUUUGAUGAUGAUCCAUUGGCAAAUGAGCCAGAAAUUGAGCACAACUGGGGAGAGCUGGAUAAGGAAGCUCCACGUGAAAAUAAGGUCACUCGCCGAUUUGCAGUUUGCAAUAUGGACUGGGAUAAGAUAAAGGCAAAUGAUCUGGUGGUGUUAUUCAAUUCAUUUAUCCCCAAAGGUGGUGCUGUGUUAUCUGUGAAGAUCUACCCUUCAGAAUAUGGAAAAGAAAAAAUGAAAGAGGAGGAAUUACAUGGGCCUGUGGAAUUACUUUCUAAUAACUUACCAGAAAAUGCAGAUGAAGACACUCGUGAACAAAGAAUUAUCAGGGAAAAAGUGCGAGAGUACCAAUUCAAACGGCUGAAAUACUAUUAUGCAGUAGUGGAAUGUGAUUCUCCCGAAACAGCGAAUAAGCUUUAUGAGGAAUGCGAUGGAAUGGAGUAUGAAAGCAGCAGUUCCUUUCUGGAUCUCAGGUUUAUACCAGACGAAUUAACAUUUGAAGAUGAGCCAAAGGAUGUUGCUGCAGAUGUGAAUUUGGCAGAGUACAAACCAAAAUAUUUCACUUCAACGGCACUCGGCUCAUCAAAGGCCCAGCUAACAUGGGAGGAGACUGACCACGAGCGUGUUGCUACGUUAACAAGGCGAUUUAAUAAGGAUGAGAUUAAGGAGAUGGAUUUCAAUGCCUACUUGGCUUCUUCAAGUGAGGAAGAUGAUGAUACAGAUAUAAAAGAAGAGGAGGAAUCACAACCAGAUAAAGAUGUAAGAAGUACAUUAGAAAGUAAAAUGGCAGUUAAGACAAAAAAGGUUGAUGAACAGAUUUCAAAAUAUAGAGAGCUACUGAAAACAGUACAACGAAAGGAAGAAAAAAAUAAAGACAUGGAAAUGGAGAUCACCUGGGUUCCAGGUCUGAAAGAAACAACGGAAGCAAUGGUAAAGAAGAAGUUGGAGAAUCAAAACAAAUUAACACCUUGGGAGCAAUACUUAGAGAAAAGAAAGGACAAGAAGCGUGAGAAGAGAAAGAAAAAGAACAAAGUGGAAGAUCUGGAGGUUAAAAAUACAGAUGAGCUGAGUGAGGAUGAGAUUCCAUCUGAUGUAGAUUUAAAUGAUCCCUUCUUUGCAGAAGAAUUGGAGCAAUCAGCACCACAGCAAAAGACAGUGAACAAAAAGGUCCAGCGAUCAAGGAAUAAACCAUUGACAGCAGAAGAAGAAGCCAGUUUAGAAAAGGAAAAGGCAGAAAUGGCCUUGCUCUUGAUGGACGAUGAAGAUGAAGAACGAAAACAUUUUAAUUAUGACAAAAUAGUGGAACAACAGAACCUUAGCAAAAAGAAAAAGAAGAAACUUGAUAAAAAGCAAGAGCUAAUUGAAAAAGACAACUUUCAGGUGGAUGUUGCUGACUCAAGGUUUCAAGCCAUUUAUACUUCACACCUGUUCAACCUUGACCCUUCAGACCCCAAUUUUAAGAAGACAAAUGCCACACAAUCUUUUCUGCAAGAAAAAUCAAGACAGAGGCAAGAGCAGCAGAAGAAGGCAGCUUCUCUCGCGAGAGAGAGUGAUAUUACUGGAGAGGAAACAGUGACCAUCAGGAAACCUGUAGACCAUGGACUUUCCUUGCUCAUAAAAUCAGUGAAAUCAAAAACGGAGCAAUUUCAAGCCCGAAAGAAACAAAAAACUGUAUAACAGAAUCUAUGUACAAAGAUAGAAAAUUUUUAAUUAAGAGGAGUCUUGAGUUUUGAGUCUUGAAUAUGUGCAUAUUUGAAGUACACAUGGAAUCAUAAAUUUAAUAAUUUUAUUAACUUUCCAGAGACGGUAUGUACAGCUUUAUCAUAAAUUUACAGCUCAUGAGAUCCUAUAGGACUAGAUCAUGGUUGAACUAUAUUCUUUUUCCUAACAGUUGUGUUUCAGUUCAAGUCCUACUGCUGAGAAUCGAGCUUUAAAGAACUGUGGGCAGUAGUUUUUUUUAUCUCCACAUCCCAAAUGUUCUUUGAUCAUUUAUUAUUAUUCAGAUGUAUUUCUAAAAUGCCACAUCAGUAAGAAUAUGCUUUCUGUGAGAAAAAAAUACAAUAUAGAAAGCAAACACAGAAAAUAGCCUAAAGCUAAAUAAUGGUGAUUAAUUUCCACCAGAUCAAAAUUCAUGACAUUAAGGAAAAUAUGUGCCAAUAGAUUUUUAUUUAUUUUAUCCAUUCAUGUUCAAAAAAAAUUCACCAGUGUAGUGAAAACCUGUAGAAAUACAACAAAGAUUCUCUGUGUUGUUCAUGUCCAUUUUUAUUCAACCAUGGUGUGUGUGGGCUCCGUCAGUCAUGGUCGACCACGGGUACUGCGCCUCUGGUAGUCUCUGGGUAAGCGAAGCUGGAGCGGCCUCUCCAGGGCGCAAGCCAGGGCAGAGUUGAUAUGGAGAUCCUGUUGCCUAUGCAGUGGGACCCCCCCCCCCCCCUCCAUGCUGAUGACGAGUCCAAAGGAACGACAAGUCGGUACAGUUUGGUGCCAGCAGCAUCGCAGGGGUUGCCGUGCCGGUGCUGGGAACAGCAGUCAGCCGUCUUUGGGUCACCAACUGGUUUUUACCAAGGGGUUUACUCCCAAAGCCUUUCCCGUGAGCAGGUUUAGCCACAUGGCAGCGGAGGUUUGAAAUCGGAGUUUUCCCUCUUCUAGAUGAGCGACCAUCCAUGGUUAACUUACUUGUCAGAGGAAUUGGACUUGGUUGUCAGAGGCUGUUUGAGACGCACGCCAUGAAGAGCAUUUGUUUCACAGUGGGAGCUCGUCCCCACUACCAUCCUUUGGCUAUGACUACCUUUGGAGCCAACCAUGGUAGCCACUUUAAAUUUGACAGAACAGAACUUUGUAACAACUUAUGAAAAUUCUGUUAUAAUGUAUUCCUAUUAAUUAAACUAAUUUUAGGAACUUAAAAGCUGACAGCAAUGAUGCAUAACUAAGUUUCGGGUACACUAAAAUGUCACACUUGAUUAGAGUCUAUUCGUGAAACAUAUUCUAAAGGAAGGCAAAGUUCAUUGCCUCAAAUAUUACUGGACACAAAACAAUUAAGUUGCAGAUAUAAAAGCCUUUAGCAGAAUUUGACAGCUUUCUGAAAACUCACCAAGUUCUGAGCAGCAAAAGUACUUUCUCUGUUUUUGAAUAUGUCAAGAAAUCUAUUAUUGUCAGUAACUUAAAACAUACCAUAGAUGAAAAAAUAUUUUAAAGUGUAGAGAAUAAGUGAAAACAUUUCUUAAAUAUAUCCAAAGCUGUUGACUUGUUUCUCAUGGAAAUGCUCUUGCUUUUGAGGGCAAUGAUUGUAGGUUCCGGAUUCCCAUCUUCAUCCAGGCCUUGAAGCAGAAUCGAGACACUUUAAACAUUGUUGCUUUGUCAGUGUUGCCAUGUUUCAGAUGUUAGUUAAAGCCAUUUACAUGUUGAAACCAAGAUGACGUGUGCGAAUACAUUGCUAAAGAUGGAGAAACAGAAUUUUGAUUCAAUACUGAAAAUGCGUAUACUUGAGCCACAGUUGGAGCGGAUAUGAAGGCGAUUUGAUGCGGCAGAACCAAAGCAGGGCAGAGUUGAGGUGGUGGGGCCCGAGCCCAUGUCCAAGAGUGAGGAACAGCCCCAGAUUUGGAUGAUUUUAGUGCACAGCCAGAUUGAAUAAGUCAGGGUGUUGGGGACAGAGGCAAGGAUGGGCUCCACGAGAUUUACUCGGCUCUGUGCUGAACUAAGACUGCAGUGAUGACUGCUUUUGUGGCUAUGGACUCACUUUUGUGAACUUCAGUUAUUUGCUUGCUUUUGUUGUUUGCACAAUUUUUUUUCCUACACAUUGGGUGUUUAACAAUUUUUUCAAUGGGUUCCAUUGGGUUUCUUUGUUUUGUGCUUUAAGCAGAUGAAUCUCAAAAUCGUAAGCAGUAUGUAAACUUUGACAAUUAAUGUAUUUUGGUGCUGAGGUACCAUGAAGACAGGUAGAAGUUAAGAAUUGAAGGUUUCAUAGUUUUUGAAUGUUUCUGAUUGUAAAGGAUGUUGAAAAGAUAGCAAAGCAAGACCAUGCCUUUUUCGUCAAUCUGUUUUGCAGCUAAGGCUUUUUCUGGCCUGUUCAUGUAACUUUUUUACAAAGCCCAGGACUGGGUAGGAUCUUUCUGUUGGGUCCAGGUGACUAUUAGCUGGAAAAUGCAGCCCUCUGGAUCUGAAAGGGUAAUGUGAGGUAGUCAACAAGCCCCACAUCAGUUGACCUUAGAAACUGUAGAUUAUUGAAGAGUAGAUAUUUUACACUUAGUAUCAAACUACAAUAGAAGAGUCAAGUUGGAUCAUACAGAUGCAUCAGUAUACAUAUAGAAAUUGGCCCAAGUUACAUUCAUAUUGCUGUGGUUCAGAGCAGUAUAAAGACAAAAAGGCCAGGGAAAGAUCCAGGAGAAACAGCAAAGGUAAUGGUAUGGAUAUGGAGAACAGAUUUUUGCUGGAACUGUAUUGGUUUGGACUUAAUAAAAAAACUAUGUUGACUCAGGCCUAGGGGGCUGGUGUCGGGCAUGAUGACAGACUCUCCACUCCUCCCUCUCCCUCAUCAGUGUGCUCAGUUCAUCUAUAUUAGCCGUGCCGCUAUCUUCUAGGAGCAUGUUGACCAUAGCCUUGGGAGAGCACCCAAGGUUCAUUCUCCCAUGCUGGGGCUCCCAUGUGAUGACUAGGCUGGCAGGUAGCUCAGGGUGGCGUAGACAGUGCCCUGCUAGUUGCAGUCUUAUCACCUCGAUUUUAGUAGUGAGCAUCGGUAGGUCGUCAUAAAGCUCGACGUUCAUCAUGUGCUGUUGCCAACUCACGUCAACAGCCAUCCAGAGUGUUCGUGUAUAGCAACCAUCUAGCGACUUCUGCAUGGUCUUGGUGAAUGUCCACAUCUCACAUCCGUACGUGAGAAUGGACUCUGACUACUAUGAAGAUCCUCUCUUUGAGCCCUCUGAUCAGGUUUGACCUCCAGAUUUCCUUUGUCUUAAUGGGGAUAGGUGAAAUCAAAGAAAGGUAGCUGAACAGCAGAGGAAGAGGAAGGACACACAAAGGAAUUUAUGAUUUUAACUAGGUAUUAACCUCUGGGAGUAAAUUCAUCAAAUGGAAUUGCAGAAUAAAUAAAUUGGAUAUGGAAGGUGACCAUUUGUUCACAAACUUAUAGCAAUUGGAUGCCGCAGAUGGGAUAUUAGAUUAUAUGUGAGAGUUUAAUAAGAAACAAUCAUAAUUGCAUUUUUUAAAUGAUAAGCAAUAUCAAUGCAAUAUUGUUAUCUAAUGUGAAAGUCAGGAAAGAAAACUGGUGACCAUUUUUGAAGUAGGUUAUAAUGAGAUUAACUCACAAGCUGUAACAAACCAAAGGUUACCUUUAUCCUAUAGGAUGAAUCUAGAGGGUAAUCUAAAGCCUAGUCCCAUCGACCUGCUCCUGCAUCAUAUCCCUCCCAUCCAGAUUUCUCUUAAAUAUUGAAAUCAAACUUGCAUCCACCACUUCUUGACCAAUCUCCCUUGUGGGACCAAGUAAAAACCCUUGCAAAAGUCCAUGUAGACGACCAUCCACUGCCUUGCCUUCAUCCACUUUCCUUGUAAAUUCCUUGAAAAAGAUUGGUUAGACAUGACCUGCCAUACGCAAAGCCAAUCCCGAAUUAGUCCUUGUCUUUCCAUACGCUUGUACACCUGGUCCUUAGAAUACUUCCUCUUUACUGAUGUCAGGCCCUCUGGCCAAUGAUUUCCUAACUUAUUCUUAGAGCCUUUCUUAAACAACAGAACAAAAUUAGCUAUCCUCUAAUACUCCAGCACCUCACCCAGGGUCCGAGGUAACACCUUGUCACUCCCAACCUAAUUAUCUACAAGACAGCAAACACCUCCCCCUCUGUAAACUUUCUAUAAACUCUCAAUGUCUUCCGAAUAAUUAUAGAUCCAAAAAUAAUUUUGUUCAAUUAGGCGAACAACAGCCCAUACAAUACUAAUGAUGCAGUUUCGGCAACGUUCUCUACAACUGAAGUAAAAUAGCUUUACUCUUAUUUUGAAAUCCACUAAUGAUACAACUCAACAUACAACAUGCUCUUCUGUUUGUUUGCUGAACCUGUUAUUCGCUUUCAGUGACUUGUGUUCAAGGAUACCUGGGAUCCUAUGAAUAUUAAUA